ACUUGUAACAUAUGACAGCAAAUGUGUUUUGAUUUAAUUCAUUUGAAUUAGUGUUCAAACUAUCCAUUUAUUUAUUUAUUAUACUGUUUUAUUAGCUGACAAUAGAAUCCUUUCAUCAUGCGAACUUAUGGUGAUAGGCCAACUCCGUUCCAAUUGGAUGAUAAAGAUGGAGAGUAUUAUUACAUUGGUUCAGAGGUUGGAAAUUAUCUGCGUAUGUUUAGGGGAUCCCUAUACAAAAGAUAUCCUUCUUUGUGGCGUCGAUUGGUUACAGUCGAGGAAAGAAAGAAACUUGUUUCACUAGGUCUGGGCCCACAUAGCUUGGCUACAAAUAUCACAUUACUCAAAGCAAGUGAAGUCAAUGAGAUAUUUGCAGGUCGAGAUGAAAAAUACAAAGCUCUGUCUAUAUCUAAUGAGCCAUUGACACAAAAAGAAACAAAAACAAAACGAGCUAAUUGGGUACAUGCAACAUUGCCAAACAGUAGUCACCAUCUUGAUGCAGUUCCAUGCUCAACUCCAGUAAGUCGCAAUCGGUUAUCUGGAAAAAGAGUCCGCACUUUCCCUUUAGCAUUUGAUGAUUUGGAUCCGGCAAUUGUUCAUGAAAACGCAAAUCAACCUGAUUUCCUUGUACCGAUCAGGCUUGAUAUGGAGAUUGAUGGACAUAAACUGCGAGACACUUUUACCUGGAAUAAAAAUGAACAACUAGUCACUCCUGAGCAGUUUGCUGAGGUACUUUGUGAUGAUUUGGAUCUCCCAGCUUCAGCUUUUGUGCCAGCUAUAGCUCAAUCAAUUCGACAACAGAUUGAGUCUUUUCAAACUGAUACUCUUCUCGAAGAGCAAACUGAUCAACGAGUCAUUCUUAAGUUGAAUAUCCAUGUUGGUAAUAUCUCUCUAGUUGACCAAUUCGAAUGGGAUAUGUCGGAAAAAGAAAAUAGUCCCGAAGAAUUUGCAUUAAGACUCUGUGCAGAACUCGGUCUUGGAGGAGAGUUUGUUACAGCAAUUGCUUACAGUAUAAGAGGUCAAUUAUCUUGGCAUCAAAGGACUUAUGCUUUCAGUGAAUCACCAUUACCCACUGUAGAGGUGCCAUUUCGAAACCAAGCUGAAUCUGAUCAAUGGUGUCCAUUCCUUGAAACUCUCACUGACGCUGAAAUGGAAAAGAAGAUUCGAGAUCAAGACAGAAACACCAGACGUAUGAGAAGACUGGCUAAUACCGCUCCUGCAUGGUAGAACUCAUAUCGGCAUUCAAUAUUUUCAAUUUCUUGAAAUUUUCAUUUACAAUUCAAUUCAAUCAACUCAACUGGUCAAUUAUGAGACAAAGUCUUCAUCUGUCAAGUAAUUUUUUUGAAGAUAUAUCAUUUUACAAUCAUUUCAUGUAUACAUUUCACUUUCAUCUUUAUUUAAUAAACUAUUUGUGAUCUUAAAGAA